UACAUCUCAGUCUCACAAUCACAUUUUGUCCUUUUUCAUAAUUUAUUUAUUAUUAUUUUUGUGUCAAGCCAAAAUACUAGAGGAUUACAUUUUGGGGGAUUAAGGAGAAUCUCAGGAAUCGAAUCAUCAUCAUCUCUUUCUCUCCUCCACUCGAUGGCUGCUUUCACGUGUAGUUCCCGGCCGCCGGUUUCUCUCCGAUCAGAGAUGAGAAUCGGUUCAACGCCGACGGGUUCCUUCUCUACUCGACAGAUGUUCUCUGUGUUACCUGAAUCGGGAGGAUUGAGGACUCGCCUUUCUCUGUCAUCAGUCUCCAAGAUUUCUAGGGUUUCUCGAUUACAACGACGAGGUGGUGGUGGUGUUAUCUGUGAAGCUCAGGAAACUGCUACUGGGAUACCAGUGGUCAACGAUUCGACAUGGGAGUCUCUUGUUCUCAAGGCUGAUGAGCCUGUGUUUGUGGACUUUUGGGCACCAUGGUGUGGACCCUGCAAAAUGAUUGAUCCCAUUGUCAACGAACUGGCAGGACAGUACGCAGGGAAGAUGAAGUUCUACAAACUAAACACUGAUGAGUCUCCUUCAACCCCUAGCCAGUAUGGUGUUAGAAGCAUCCCGACCAUCAUGAUCUUUGUCAAGGGUGAGAAGAAGGAUACUAUCAUCGGUGCUGUGUCUAAAACCACAUUAGCAACCAGCAUCGACAAAUUCUUGUAAUGAAGAUAGUUGUCACUGUUUAAAAAAGUCUCUCUUUUCUCUGUAUCUCAAGAACUUAUCUAUUCUCCACUCAUCACUGUUCAUCUAGACAUGUAUAAUAUAAUACAAUGUCUCCGAUAUUCAGAAAUUGAGUUUACGAAGACAUUAUAUGUGAUA